AGAGAGCUGGGCGGUUUCACGUCGUCCGUAUUUAUAUACACACUCAUCCGCACUACGUAUUACUGUACAUCUUUCCUCUAGGUGCAGUAGUAUACAUGGACCGGAUAUCUCUCCAUCCGAUAUAGAGACGAGUAGUUGUGGCUGGUGCUUCAUUCAGUUCGUCAAUCUCCGUCGAGCAAACAACUCCUCCAGCUGAUUUUUAUUAGACGUGUCCGAUCUCGUCCGUUUGAGAGUUUCAAGUUCAAACAAGUUUACGCCAUCAGGAAAAUUUUAAAAGUGCCGUGAUUGUUGGAAUAGUUUCGACAGGGACAAAUUAACUUUUGAGCUGAUAUUUAUUGACUGUCCGUCGGGUUUUUGCUAUUGCGGAUGGACGCAACUCUUCCGGUGGAUCUGAGACGAUUCAGACUCGUCGUCGAGACGUCGUUCAAAAAAAUCGCCCACCAGCGUCCAGUAGCAAAUCAAGACAUGGAAGUCAAUGUGGAAUCAGACGGUGGUCCGUUCGUGGCCGGAAUUGGCAAAGUGUCGCCUUCGCCCUCAGCAGUCACGGCCUCUUCCAUCCAGCAGGAGGAAUCGAUGCCGACGGCAGUCCGAACAGAGCACCACCACCAACAGCAACAACAACAACAGCAGCAACACAGGUCACUCAAGUUCAGCGUUGAAAACAUUUUGGACCCGACAAAAUUCACCGGCCACCAGCACAGUCAACUGCCACCUCGUCUCAACAACAACAUCUUCCAGCAUCCGAUCCAGCACAUCCAUCACCACCAUCCGCUGUUCAACCAUCCAGGAGGGCAUCACCCGUGGGUCUUGCCCGUCAAUCCGGCCAAUCUGUUGCAUCACCAGCAGCAUCUCCAGCACCAUCACCAGCAGCAAUUGCAGAAUCAAGUCCACCACCAUCACAUGGACGUACACAGCACAUCCGUCGAGUCGGAGGACAGUCUCUACGACCGCAGCAGCGACCUCGAAUCAGAGAGGAGCUAUCGGGCCCGAUCCAUUACCAGUCACAAAGGAUCGUCGGGGGACGAUGACGACUGUGACGACGGAGUGGAAGAUGAUGAAGAUUGCGACGACGACGAUGAGGAUGAAGAUGACGACGACGACGAUGACGAAGAUACGGAAGUGGACAUGGACGAUUGCGACGAAGUCAACGACCCGGCCGCUGUCCUCAUUCGACUGGGCAACGUCGGCGGAGACGAUCUGCUCAUGGGCGACGGCGGCAACAAGAUGGUGGCCGCCGCCGAGCUGCUCCAGCAACAGAUGGAAUCUUCCGGCCGGAAGAACAAACUCGACAAGAAGAACAAGAAGAAGAAAAAGAAGAAGAAGAAGAAGAACAACAGCAUGGCCAUGAUCAAUUCCAUUUGCUCCUCCGAGGACAACAACGGCAAACACAACAGCGGCGCCGGCAGUUGCACCGGCUCGGCCAACGGAGGCGAUCGAGGCGGAAGCGGAGGAGGGAAGCCGAGACGGGCCAGAACGGCCUUCACCUACGAGCAGCUCGUCGCAUUGGAGAACAAAUUCAAAACGACGCGCUACUUGUCCGUCUGCGAGCGACUCAACUUGGCCCUGCAAUUGUCGCUGACGGAAACUCAGGUGAAAAUUUGGUUCCAAAAUCGGCGCACCAAAUGGAAGAAACAGAAUCCAGGGCUGGACGUCAACUCGCCGCCCAGCAGCAGCAAUCCACCCGGCGGCCAUCAGCAGCAGCACUCGCCCGUCUACGGCCAGCAACAGCAGCAGCCGGGCAACGGAGGUGGCCAGCAGAGUUCUCCAUACUCGGCCGGACUAGUCGGUUCCAUGAUGUACAAUCCGCAUUACCUGGCCAGCGCGGCCGCUCUGCCGUUCCUCCUGGGCAACGCCAACGGUGGAGGAGGAGGACACCCUUGCUUCCACCACAUUGGCCAUUCGUGAUCAAUUCUUCGUUUAGUUUUUUAGGUAAAUAAAAAGGACAAAUCAAGUCUCAUCAUUUUAUGUUUGUUUCAUUAUCUCACCUCUCUCAACUGUUGUGUAAUUGGACUCUUAUAUCCGUUUGUUAUAUCACGUGAUUGUGUACAUAAUAAUACAAGACGAUGACACACAA